AUGGCUGCUGAGCCCAACUGCAUGUACGGAAACAAGACAUGCGAUCCUGAGGUGAGGCACCUUUUUUUCAACUCAAUCUAAGUAUCCUGCAGACGCACACAGAAACUCUGGUAUUGAGUACCCCCGAUUUGUAUAAAUAGUUAUUGUGUAUUUUCACAAUUUCCCUCCCAGACUUUCAACAAGACCAACGUGUCCAAGACGUGUCCGGGCGCCCAGUGUACAUUUGCGUUCUACGGCGGGGAGACGCCCUACCACCGCUACCUUUUCAUCCUCCAGCUGUCCAACCUGCUCAUCUUCCUGUGGCUGGUCAACUUCACCAUCGCCCUGGGCCAGUGCACCCUGGCUGGGGCCUUCGCCUCCUACUACUGGGCCCGGAGGAAGCCCCAGGACAUCCCCACCUGCCCCCUGUUUUCUUCAUUUAGCAGGGCAAUACGGUAAGGAGCCUUCCAUACCAUUCUGCCAGUACAGAAGAUUAGUGAUCUAACUGGAAGAGUUAGUUUCACAAUGGCUCAGGGAUUGUUUGAGCCAGAAUUUGGGGUGUUUGGGAGGUUAUGAUUUCUUCAUGAUAGACUGACUAAAGGUGUGUGUGUGUGUGUGUGUGUGUGUGUGUGUGUGUGUGUGUGUGUGUGUGGCUGGGUUACAGGUAUCACACGGGCUCACUGGCGUUUGGUGCUCUAAUUCUGGCCCUUGUUCAGAUGGCACGAAUUAUCCUGGAGUAUCUAGAUUCAAAACUCAAAGGUGAGUUUGGCUUUAGUACAGCACAGUAAUACAUCAUCUAGUCAUGGAUUUGACUCUGUGGAGUAACUCAUCACUAAUGGUCGGUGGUCUGUGUUCAGGUGUCAAUAACGUGGUAGCACGCUUCCUGCUCUGCUGCCUCAAAUGCUGUUUCUGGUGUCUAGAGCGCUUCAUCAAAUUCAUGAACAGAAAUGCUUACAUUAUGGUGAGUAGUGUGAUAUGUGUGUGUCCAUAUGUAUUGAUAUUAUUACACAGCUUUUAUCAAUGUGAAUCGCUGAUUAUGUAUCAACUGAAUCAAGGGUAGAUUAGUUACUGUGUGUGCUAUAACUCAAUAUGGUCCCAUGGUCUGUGUGUUCCCUCUAGAUUGCGAUAUAUGGGAAGUGCUUCUGCACGUCAGCUCGAGACGCCUUCUGCCUAUUGAUGAGAAAUGUAGUAAGGUAAGGCCGUCUGAAGCCAGGGGCUAGAUUAUUAGGCUACCCAGUGUUGGCUGGCACCUCACUGGGCUAACCUUACUGGGUUCACCCCUCUCUCCUGCAGGGUGGCGGUGCUGGACAGAGUGACAGACUUCCUACUGUUCCUGGGGAAAGUGCUAAUAGCAGGGAGUGUAGGUGAGUCAUUGCAAAAAAACAUAUUUUCUUCUUGUGACUUCUUAACCCUUUUAGGAUAAUAGUUGAUAUUUUAUUUGACUGCAAUCAGUCAAAAGUCACGUUUUAAAGUCUAAAUAAAUGAUGAAGCAUAUUGGUGGGUAUUUCAACAAGCUCUCUGUCUCACAUCAGAAUUAGAUGUUCAUCCAUGUUUCUCAAACUUCAAAUUUCGAAGUUGUUCCAAACAUUGAAUUUCAAGUGUUUAAGGUUAAGUUUAGGCAUUAACUCCAAAUUCUUAAGGUUAGGCAUUAACUCAGAAUGGUUAAGUUAAUGGUUAAGGUUUGGGAUAGGCAAAAAAUUAUAAUAAUCCCCCCAAAACUUUUUAUCGCUGGAUUCAAACGUACAUCUUGUAAUUAAAGGCAGAUGCUUACCGAAACCUACUUGAAGAUAACAGCGCUCACUGUUUCCCCUAGUGGCCGGUUUCCAUAUAAUCUCCCGACGUCCUCAGACUAGGAUGGACAUCAAAUACUAACUUGUAUCACGGGUGACCUGGCUGGGGUAUUUACAAUGUUGUGUUUUUUGUGUGUUGCAGGCGUCAUAGCCUUCUUUUUCUUCACACACAAAAUACCAAUUGUUCAGGAAGAUGUGCCGACCUUGCAUUACUACUGGGUACCUCUACUGGUAAGAUACAAAAAUAGAAAGUGUAUAGAAAUGGGUAUAUCCUACAUUCAUCUGUGUAUUGAUGGUGUAUUAUCAUUGGCAGACGGUGAUAUUUGGGUCCUAUUUGAUCGCUCAUGGAUUCUUCAGCGUCUAUGCAAUGUGUGUGGACACGCUGUUUCUGUGUUUCUGUAAGUAAAGCCUACGUAUUAUUCUUCAUAGACAUGCUUCCAAAACACAUCUGAAGGAAUACACCUGCUCUCAUCCUGGGCUCUGGCAUCUUUGAUUGGCUAUUCAGUCGAUCCCAAUAUCAAUGCUUUGACCUUUAAAAAAAAAAAAAAAUUUACAACUGUAAAAACCACCAUGGCUGUUCACUUGCUUUGCUUCACGUUCUAUCUGAGCACCUCUAAUCCCUCUCGCUCAUCUCCUUUCCACCUCUCCCUUCCUCCUGUAUCCCUUUCUCCACUCCUCCCAUACACCCUUCCAGGUGAGGACUUGGAGAGGAACGAUGGGAGCCCUGAGAAACCCUUCCUCAUGUCUGCUGAGCUGCACAGUAUUCUGAGAAAAACUGAGCACCACUGAGGGACACAAUACAACCCUCUCAUACAAACUAAUAGCUUUACUCUUCCAAGAUAUUUAGCAUGCUUUAAACUGAACAGAGCUCAACUCUGGCUACCUACACUAUGCUGUCUAUCAGCUAACAAGGAGAUAUCAGUCUCUAAUGGACAAUGAGACCACUGACUGUGACUUUUGCAACUCAAACGUCUAAAGUCUUCAGAACUAACAGUGACUGUGGUUUUGAGAGACUCACACGAACUCUUACAUCGACUAUGACGUGUGAUCAUUAGAAUAACUGGUUAGACUUAGAGAAUCGAACAAUGAGACUAAUGGUGUGACCAUUAGACUUGUGACGACUUUGCUACUGCCUUACCUCAAGACUAGGAACUGACAAGCAGGAACUCUUUUGGAACAAGUUCAGGUGGUCAGACUUCACUGUGACUUGUGCUGAUAAGAAACAAACUUGUAACUCUCUGGUCCAGAGAGAGAGCAAAACACUUCUGGUUUGCUCCAAACAGAUCAGAGGCUAUGCAUAUCCAACCUGCAGUACACUGCUAUCGUCCCUAUCCUCUUUAUUAGUCCUCAGCAGCUGUACUGUAACUACAGUUUACAUGGACGAUGGCCCUUACUGCAAAAACAAUCACGUUAUGAACUUCCAUAUUUAGAACUAAAGGAACAUUUUGGGUGCAGCAGACUGAUAGAACCCUAAAUUGUAGUCAGACCAAUACUUGUUCUGCAGACUGUCUUUAAGCUAAUGCUUAAACCGGUUGAUUUAUGCUACUCAAAAUCAAUAUUGGGU